AGGCAUUGGCCGUUUGGGUGCUGUCAAUUGAAGCGUUUUUUUGUUCAUCUUUUGUUGGAAGUUGUUUGGGCAUUCAAGUGUUGGAAUAGCAACAAACACAUUGGAAAAAGAUCACAAAUGAAAAUUAGCGAUGAAUCGCCACCUUCCUUACCGGAAGAGUUGGCCAGCACCAUGCCCCCGGAAAUGGUCAUGCAAUUGAUUCAAGUCUCUUCAGCCUUUCUCGUCACACUCAACUCGUAUGUGGCGUCGACCCGCGAGAUCGACCGACGUGCCAGACGUCUACGACGAUCUCGGAUGCUGCUCCUCAUGAGACUCAUGCAGCUUAGAGAAGACAAAUCUCAACGUUUGCUGGCUGCACCACCUCCACUGCCAAUCCCGUUACCAAUACCCAGAAUAGUCAAACCGCCAACGGUGGGCAACAAGUUCUGGGAGAGAGAGGUUCCACGAUUUUCAGAGGCCCAGUUUCAGAAAGAGUUCCACGUCAGUAAAAGAACCUUCAACUACCUCUGCAACGCUCUGAGACCCACACUGUCCAAACGAGAUGCCAACCUGAGAGCCCACGUGCCUCUGGAGAAGCGAGUGGGGGUUGCCCUGGCCUUGCUGGCAUCCAAAAAUGAAUACAAGAAUGACUACAGCGUCAUUGCACACACAUUUGGAAUCAGCAAAAGCUCAGUUGCCAUAAUAUUCAAACAGUUUUGCAAUGCUGUUGUAGAUAUCCUGUUUGGUAAAGUCGUCCAGUUGCCCUCUGGCCCUGGUUUCCGAGAAGAAGCCGACAAAUUUGAACUCAGAUAUUUGUUCCCGGACACGAUCGGUGUGGUGGGAGCCACUCACUUACCAGUGGCCACCCCACGUAAUUGCGGUGCAGGUUACACAAAUUCGUCUGGUUGGAAUUCCAUCGUCCUGCUGGGUGUGGCCGGUUACAACAACAAACUUGGCUACGUUUGCAUCGGCCAGCCGGGCAGCACGGACAAUACGGCGGUACUCAAGGCCUCGCAACUGUACAAAACCGCCCAAAAAGGCAAACUCUUCCCAGCCGACGAGGAUCUGCAUUUCCUGGCCGACCACACCUUCCCCCUCCAGAAUUGGCUCCUGACGCCCUACCGCAUGGAUGAAGUCUGCGAUCGUGAGUCGUACAAGACGCUCAACCAACACCUGAAAAACGCCCACAAAUGUGUGGAAACGAGUUUCGAACGUCUCAAAGGUCGAUGGGGUUUGCUCCUCAAGGGUUGCGAUUUGGCCAUGGACUUUACCAAAGUCGUUCAAGUCUGCUGCGUCUUGCAUAACCUGUGCGAAGAAGCCGGCGACAUGUUUUUCGAGCACUGGUACGGAACGGUGCGGACGUUUGACGCUGCCCACCCGCAGCCGAAAUCGAAAGCGGCGCCGAUGCACGUCCGAGACGAGGACGACGACGAGGACGAAGAAGAUGAAGAAGAGUACGAAGAAAUGCUGGCGGAAGCAGGUGCCAAACGUGACCGACUGUCUGAGCGUUUGAUUGUCAGUGCCGCCGCUGCGGCGGCCAGUCAAGCGGCGACGGCCUUACCCCCAUUGGCUCUCAAUCGGCCGGACAACAGACGGAAUUCUUACCCUUCGCCACUGACUGAGCACAGCUUCUCGCAAGACGAUUCAGACAUGUACUAGUUUUAUUAUUAAAAAUUCAAUCAGCUCAAAAUCGACAAGAAGAAUUUGAGGUGAAAGAAGAAUCUGCAAUCGAUUUCUGUUGGUGAAGAAAAAAGUUCUUUUUUAAUUUAAAAUGGAGACGUGACUUGUUUGCCGUUGUUUAUGUGCGUGCGUGUGUGUGUGUGUGUGUGUAAAUUUUCAGAAAAUGAAAUAAUUUACUUCGAUGGCCAAAUGAA